AUGGCUGCUCCCACCCCCAAGCUCGUGCCUAUUCCCAAAAAUGGCGUCGACUACCGCAACAAGAUCGUCCUUGCCCCGAUGGUCCGCUCCGGCGAACUUCCCUCCCGUCUACUCGCCUUGAAGUACGGUGCAGACCUCGUCUGGGGUCCUGAGACCAUCGACAAGGCUCUGAUUGGUACUACGAGACGCGAGAAUCCUGCUACCAAGACGAUCGAGUUCACCCGCUUCUCCAACAAUGGCCUGAAGAAUCCUACGCCCAACCCGGACCAGCGCGAGAGCGUGAUUUACCGCCUGGACCCCGAGCGCGAAAAAGGACGCCUCAUUUUCCAGAUCGGCACCGCCGACCCCGAGCUGGCUGUCAAGGCUGCAACACUGAUCGCAGGCGAUGUAGCCGGAAUCGAUGUCAAUUCGGGCUGUCCUAAGCCCUUCAGCACCAGUGGCGGUAUGGGCGCUGCUCUACUCCGGACGCCGGAUAAACUCUGUUCGAUCCUGGAGGCUCUGGUAAAGGAAGUUGGGCAAAAAUUCAAGAUUGGGAUAAGCGUCAAGAUCCGUAUACUGGAAAAGCCCGAGGAGACGGAGGAGUUGGUUCGUAGGCUAGUCAGGACGGGAAUAACCGGACUGACGGUCCACUGCCGCACGACCCCUAUGCGUCCCCGCGAAAGGGCCAUACGGGAGCAACUCAAAAUGAUUAGGGGUGUCUGUCACGAGGCGGGCGUGGCAUGUGUCGUCAACGGCGAUGUAGAGGACUAUGACCACGGUCUUCGACUCAUAGAAGAAUUCGGAGUCGACGGCGCAAUGAUUGCGACUGCUGCUGAGCGUAAUUCCAGCGUUUUCCGUCGUAAAGCUGAGGGCGGCGUUGCUACGUGGCGAGAGGUUGUCCACGAGUACCUUAAAUUCUCCCUUGAGGUCGACAACCGUUGGGGAAACACCAAGUAUUUGCUUGGCCAGCUCAUACCUGGCAAGGACGGUUGCAACCAGGAGAUGAACAGAUGCCACUGUUACCAGGAAAUCAUCAAAGUUUUGGGCUUCGACGAUCUCCUGGACAUGGCGAAACAGACUGAUGAACGUUUGGGAAUUCCGAUCGUAUCUCCAAAGGCGCAAAAGAGAGCGCAAGCAAGAGAAGAGAGAGAGCGGUCAGAAGUGAAAAAGGCAAAGAUUGAAGACAAGAAACCUGAAACUGCCGCGCCAGCUACGCAGGAGCCACCCGAGAUCCUUCUUCCCGCUAUUACUGAAUCCACCCAGACUGUAAGCGUAUGA